ACACGCGUGUAUAUAUAUAUAUAUACUUAAGUAUAUUUACGUGUGAUAUUAAUAAAAAUAUCGGUUUGAUUAUAUUUGUGAAAAACCAAUAUCUGUCGGCUUUACAGUAAUUAAUAGUGUUGUUGAUGGUUAAUUGUUAUUGGUUACUGUAGAUCAACCAAAAUAUGUCAACCCGCGAUCUGUUACCAAACGGCUGUACGACAACAACAACAACAGUAUUAUAGCAACUCAAAAUAUUACCGUCGUUGUAUGGAUCUGAAACCGUACACGGCAGUGGUUAAUGGUUAUUGGCUACGAACUGAUCUUACUGAUCAAAGUACGAUCGUCGGUGUUGCCGGUUUAACCCCAUCCGAUCGGGCGCGUGAGCUUUGUGCUUAAGUGUUUUAGAUUAAAACUAUUUUGAAGUUCUUUUUAUCUUCUCAAUAACGACGACGACGACGAUAGAGCAGCAGCGAUUCGGAACGGUUUCCUCCCGACGUUUAUCAUAUCGGCCGGUCGCGGAGUCAUUGCUAAAUCAGAAGAUUAGAGGUACCGGUUAACGAAUCCGUUUUAGGCCCUCAGGUCUUCGUGCUUUUUCAUCGUAUGUAGAGGGUGGGUACGACAUGUCCAAGAAAAAAGAUCACGAGAGAAAGAGUCAGUGGGCAUGGGCCGAAAACAUACACCCCAACAACAUCGAAUUCGAACACGUACUCAAAGCAUAUCGCAUCGGGCUGCCCAACUGCAAACCUCUGUCUUGCCGUCGUAAUUGCAAAAAUAAUCCAUACUGUCUAUCUGGUCUGGGUGAGCAACGAUGGCUUCAAGACAAAGUUCGUACACCUGUUGAUGAUUAUGAAGAUCCAGAGCUUGAACGACGACAAAACAAUAAAUUUGUUGGUUUAAAAAAUUUGGGUGCAACAUGUUAUAUUAACAGUCUCUUACAGUUAUGGUUCCAUAAUAUUAACUUCAGAAAAGCGAUAUUUAAUUGGAAACCAGAAGAAGAUUCAACUGAAAGUCAAAACAAGUCUCUUUACAUUGAAAACUCGUAUGUACCAGAGACUAGUGUUGGUCAUCUACAACUAGUAUUUGCUUUAAUGCAAUUUGGUAAACAACGUUCAGUAGACCCUGAAGACUUCAUCACAACUUUAAGAAUUAAUACUGCUCUUCAACAGGAUGCUCAUGAAUUUUCAAAUUUGUUCCUAUCAGUCUUAGAAAACAAGUUCAGCACACAAUCUGAUGCGUCUGUCAGAGAUAUGGUUAAAGAUAAUUUUCUUGGUGAAUAUAAAUAUGUGACUACGUGUUUAAAAUGUAAGACUAAGUCCACACGUCCAUCAACAUUUUAUGAACUCGAUUUAAAUAUUAAAGGUCAUAAAACAUUAAAUGAAAGUUUACAAGAGUUUUUAAAAGAAGAGCAUUUAACUGGAGAUGAUCAGUACUAUUGUGAUCAUUGUAAUUGUAAACAAGAUGCUGUUCGAAAAAUAUGUUUAACUACUUUACCUCCAGUGCUAAAUAUUCAACUAAUGCGUUUUGUUUAUGAUAGACAAACGAUGCAGAAAAAAAAAUUAAACACCUAUAUACAAUUUUCACAAACAUUAGAUAUGGCUCAGUAUUUAAAUUUACCUGUUGAUCUUAAUGAAUCAUCAAGGGAAAAACAUAUGUACCAUUUAUGCGCAGUCCUUAUACAUAAAGGUUCAAGUGCAUACUCUGGUCAUUAUAUUGCUCAUAUUAAAGACAUUGCCGCUGAAGAAUGGUAUAAAAUGAAUGAUGAAAAUGUUGAAAAACUAAAAGGUAAAGGUUUAAAUUUGUGCACAGAAGAUGAAUUUAAAUUAAAUGGUUCAAAAGUUACUAAAGCUCCCAAGAUUCAAAAAGGUAUGCUACAAACAAACAAUGCUUAUAUGUUGGUUUAUAUGCAUCAUACCAUGAUAACAAAACUAAAAACUGAAUCGUCUAACUGGGAGUUGUCACCAAGACUGAUUCACCUUGUGGAGGCUCGUAAUAAUAACUUUGAGAAUACAAUAUUAAAUAUUAAGAGUAAUCGAGAGUAUGUAGAAGAUAAAGAUAAAGUAUUUGUUGAACAAAUGUUGAAUUUAAUAACUGAAAUGAACUCGGUAUCUGUAAAAGAAAAAAAUAAGGAAGCUAUUUCAUUACAGUGGCUUAAUUAUUGGUUUAAAAUCACACCAAAUCAGAAUGUCAAAGAAAUAAGCAACUGUGCAAUAUUAUGUAAACAUAAUUUACUUGAUCCUGAUAAAGUGCAUGAAGCCAAAUACAUUGGAACAGAAUUAGCAGAUAAAUUGUAUGGUAUAUAUCAAGGGGGUCCAAGGCUAAAAUUAAAUUCAUCAUUAUGUUGGAAAUGUGUAAGAAAUAAAUGUGCCUUAUUAUACACUAAAGCAUUGACUACUGAACAAAAUAAAACUAUCAACAGUGUUUUACAUAGUUGGAAUCCGAAUCAUAGUGCAGAUGAUGAAAAUCAAGAAAAAAGUUACUGGGUGGGAAAAGAUUCAUUAAAAAGUUGGCGACGAAUGUACUUGGAAUUGUUUGAAUAUUUUGUUAAUAACCAUGAUAUACCUCCAAACACAGCACUGCCUCUUAAUCCAGAUCUGUUAUCAGUAGUAUGUGAUCCUUCUAGCAGUUUUGUUGAAGAUAAAAAAUUUUUUAAGUCUAAAGAUCGAAGCCGAUAUAUUAAAAUGGAAGGGAUAACUUUAGAAUCUAUUGAUGGAUGUCGGAAACUUGCUCAUUUGUUUGUUAAUAAUUCUAUAUCAAUUUUCAAAAUUUUAAAGCUCAAUGAUUUCAAACCUUUUCAUUAUUCAUUGUUGGAAUUAGAAUCAGUCUUAGAAGAAAUGACAAAUAUAUUGUCUUCAGUUAUUGCUAAAAAAGUUAAUGACGAAUUAGCCAAUGAAGAGCAAAAAUAUGAUAAUAAUAAAAUAGAUAAUUCAAAGAAUAUAUCUGAGUGUUUAACUCCAAAUGAAAGUGGAUCAAAAACAGACGAUGAGCACAAAGAAGAUGAUGUUGAGGAUAACAGUCAUGAAGAAAAAGAUAAGCAUGAUGAUUCUGAUUCCUUUGAUAACAAAAACGAUACUGAGUAUAUGUCAUGGGGAUUCAAUGAAGAUAUAACAUGUUCACAUGGGAACUUGACUAUUGAGAACAACACUAGGAGAUUGGUUCCAGAAGUAGUAAAAAGUAUACUUCAUUCAUAUUUUCCUAAAGCACCAAUAUUUGCUAAUGAUAUAGAACCUUGUAAUAUAUGUUUAAAUAUGCAUAAUCAAGAUGAAAUUACUAAAAAUUUACAUAAGCAGUCCGCUAUUUCAGAAAAAGAAUUGCUAAGUGAUUUACUGUGGAAUAAAAAAAGACCUGUUCCUUCUCAAGAAAAUUCUCCAUAUCCUUGCGUUUCUAAGAAUUUUUUAGAAUCUUGGAGAAAAUUUGUGAGAAAUUCAUCUAAAGAACCAAGACCGCAAUCAAUCGUAAACGAAGCACUUCUCUGCAAAGAACAUACUGGAUUGUUAUUUGAACCACCUUCGAAUUUGUAUUCGACUGAACAAAAUCCAAUAGCAUUAUUAACUAAAGAAGAAUGGUCGAUUCUUUCACGAUGUUAUGCAGCUGAUUAUGGAGUAUACUUGUACUUUGGUGAACUUGGAAUAUUUACAACAUCGAAACCAGAAAUAUGUGUGCCGUGCCGUCAGAGAAGACUGGAUGAAGAAAAAAAAGAACAGUUGAAGUAUAAUAAAGCAAAAAUUUUUAUUAAAGUGAUCGAAAAAGAAUCACAUGAAAAUAGAUUCAACGGAAUUGAUGACAAGGAUGAAUUAUGGGGCAACUGUUCGAAGAAAAUUAAACUGGAUACGGCGUGUGUUAACGGCGGUACUAGUGGCUCGACAACGACCGCUGCUCCCACGUACGUCAACAACGGCACAUUAGAGUUGGGAAUCAGAAGGAGUGCACGAAACCGAAGACCUAGGGGUGAACUGAUCGUGGUUUCUUCAAAUGACACGUUGCUUGAUCUCAAAAUGAAAAUCAUGGGCGCAUUCAACGUCAUGCCCAAUGAUCAGCAUCUGAAAACAGCUGAAGGUGUUAGGUUGGAUGAUAAUGAAGCUACAUUGGCUGACUUAGAAAUUCUUCCAGAUACAUUAAUUUUAGCAAAGUUUGAUGAGCCUACCGAAGACCUGCCAGAAUUCGUUGCUGAGGAAGAAGCUGGCUUCAAAGGUACCGAACUCAUGAGUUGAAAAAUCCGAAUUGAAAUUGUAUAAUAAAGAAAUAUAUAUAUAUUUAACAUUAAUUAAA